CCAUAUCCAAAUCCCCAAUUCCUCUGAAUCUCCAAAAUUCCUUCUCGAUUUCUCUCCAAACUGCAAUUCCUGUGCUCUUUAUUGUUGAAUCGAACAUGACAACGGGUGAGGGUUUCAAAGGCCGCGUUCAACAGAGGUCAAGCACGAAGGGAAAUGGUGGCGGUAGCUCAUCUGUUAACGGCGGAAACCCUCGAUGCAAAUGCGGUGAAGAGGCAAAGGUGAGGGUGUCGAGGACAGACGCGAACCCAGGGAAAGCUUUUUAUUGUUGCUAUCUACCCAAGGGUCAUGAGUCAAACUGCAAUUUUUUUCGAUGGGUAGAUGAUGUAGCGGACACAGAUGAAUCCAGUGGUCUGGGUAUGAAGGCUGAAGACUCUAUGCUAUUGAAGGAGCUUGUGGUCAAGAAUGAUGCUAUGCUUGAGGAACUCUCAAUGAUGAAGGAAGUUAUGCUGAAAAAUGAAUGUCUGAUUGAGGAGUUGAGAACGAUAAAGGGGGUUCUGGAGAAGAAUGUUGCCUUGGUUGAGGAGCAGAACAAGUUUAAGAAUGUAGAACUUAGGAUGCUUAGAGGUCUUGUUUGUGUAUUGGUUAUGUUUAUGGUGAUUAGCAUGUCUUUUGUUGUUAUAAGGGGGAUAUAA